CAGAGUAAAAUUACCGAUCUUUAAUGUUGUAAGUAUUAGUAUAGACAGAUUCAUAGCAGUGACCCAGCCAAUCAAAUACUCGAAACACAAGAACAACAAGAGAGUGGCUUUAACCAUAGCUGCUGUUUGGGUGGUGUCGGCUGCCAUUGGUUCCCCUGUAGUAUUAGGCCUAAACACAGCCCCAGAAAGGGUUCCUCAGUUGUGUAUAUUUUACAACUCCGAUUUUAUUAUUUAUUCCUCACUCAGUUCAUUUUACAUUCCUUGUCUUGUUAUGGUAUUUCUUUACUAUAGGAUAUUCAGAGCCAUACACGAAAGAGCCAAGAAAAGUUCACGAAAGAGACUUCUCACUUCUCCUGGCUUAAAACCUGGCAUCAUCAUUGAAAAUGUUUCACAAACUCAGUGUCAGCAAGAAAUCAAUUCAUCAAACAACAGAAAUCAAGGCAAGGUUCUACAUCUGCAGACUGAGACUGGAAAUGUAAGACAAGAUGAGGACUAUGAAAAAGAAGUUAAAGAUGACAGUAAAAACCGUUAUCAAGAUUCUGAGAAUAAGAAGACAGCCAACUUUAUUCUGAGCAACAUGUCAAACGUAGACGAUGAAAAUACUAAAAAAAAUGUUAAAGCAGAUUCUAGUUAUGUUGUUUCUCAAAUUGAGGAGACUCAGUUUUGUGUACAAAACUCUAUCGCAAUAUGUAUGAAAGAUUCUUCGACUCCUUCAUUUCCACCGAAAAAUGGAGAAGCCAGAAAAACCCUGUCUUCGGCUCCUGAUUACGAUAGUAGUAAUGACUCCAUGACUUAUCUAAACGUUACAAAGAAAAAUUCGAGGUUUAAUCUCGGACGGAAGCAUAAAAGUAGUAGUAACAAACGAGAAAAGGCUUACGCAAAACGGGAAAGAAAAGCAACCAAGACUCUUGCUAUAGUAUUAGGUGUCUUCUUAAUCUGCUGGGUUCCCUUCUUUACGUGUAACAUCAUGGACGCAAUCUGCAUCAAACUAAAGAGCAGCGACUGUCGACCUGGUGUCACAGUUUUCUUGUUCACAACGUGGCUGGGUUAUAUCAACAGCUGUGUCAAUCCGGUCAUCUAUACCAUUUACAACAUCGAGUUCCGCAAAUCGUUCAAGAAAAUACUUAGUGAGCCGUGUAAGUAAGCCUAGUUUCGACACACUUAUGGGAAGAGUGUUACCUUUAUAGUUUCGUUAAAUUUCGGUUAC